GGUCAAACAUGGAGGAUCUGCAAAACUAGAGAGAGAGAGAGAGAGAGAGAGCCUCCAUUUUUCACUCAACCAAAAAGCCUGCACCCUUUCUCCCUUCCCCUUUUUUUGAAUGGUCAACGCGCCAAGCUGUUUGCACUCUCCCCUCUCUCUUUGUCUUCCUUCCAUGGUCGCCUGCUUCCAUACAUCGCCGGCUCGACGAAUCGGGAAGCAAAAAGCUCCGGCCUUUGCAGCCUCUGCGGCCUCUUCCCUGCAAAUUCUGUAGAAUUCGUUGAGCUCGAGGAGCACGCCGCCGUCUCCGGCUCCGUCUCCGGCCCGAUCUUCCGUUCCGGGUUGCGCCGAUCUCUCUUGCCGGCGGGGGCGAUUGCGAAUUCGAAGGUGCUCCAACAGAUUCUUUAAUCAUAAGUGUGAGAGGGAAUCAUCAGAGGAUAUUGGCGCCAAAAACGGGUUUUGCGCUGCAAAUUCCCGGACCUCAAUAGAAAUCUAGGUUAGGACAGGUCCGGUGAGACUUGGUGAGAGAUUAUCACACAAUGAAACCUUUGGAAAAUGGGGACUCUGAUUUGGAAGGUGGAAGGCUGGGAAAAGACAGAGAGAGAACAACAAGAAGUGGAAGGACAUUUAAAAUGCACAACCAGGCCUUGUUAUCUGGGCUUGCAUAUUGCAUGUCAUCCUGCAGCAUGAUCCUGGUCAACAAGUUUGUACUCUCCAGCUAUGAUUUCAAUGCAGGCAUAUCAUUGAUGCUCUACCAGAAUCUUGUGUCAGUUAUCAUUGUGUCUACAUUGAGCCUUUUCGGUGUGAUAUCGACAGAACCACUGACUUUAAAUUUGAUUAAGGUCUGGUUGCCUGUGAACGUAAUAUUUGUUGGAAUGCUCGUUACGAGCAUGUUUAGCUUAAAGUACAUAAAUGUUGCCAUGGUUACUGUCCUGAAGAAUGUUACAAAUGUGAUUACAGCAGUUGGGGAGAUGUACCUAUUUAGUAAGCAUCAUGAUAAUAGAGUUUGGGGUGCCUUGUUCUUGAUGAUCAUUUCAGCAAUUUCUGGAGGGAUUACUGAUUUGUCUUUCCAUGCAGUUGGCUACGCAUGGCAGAUCACUAAUUGUUUCUUAACAGCGUCAUAUUCACUAACACUACGUAGAGUCAUGGAUACAGCAAAGCAAGUCACAAAAUCUGGAAACUUGAAUGAGUUCUCCAUGGUCCUUCUAAACAAUACCCUCUCUUUGCCCCUUGGAGUUAUUCUUAUAUGUGUUUUCAAUGAGGUGGACUAUCUGAUUAGCACUCCUCUUUUAAGGUUACCAACCUUUUGGUUGGUGAUGACAUUUAGUGGAAUUCUUGGGUUGGCUAUAAGCUUUUCUUCUAUGUGGUUUCUUCAUCAAACAGGGGCCACCACUUACAGCCUUGUAGGUUCAUUAAAUAAGAUCCCAUUGUCUAUUGCUGGCAUCCUCCUGUUCAAAGUACCGACUAGUUUGGAAAACUCUGCAAGCAUCCUCUUUGGUCUUUUGGCUGGAGUAUUUUUUGCGAGAGCCAAAAUUCGGGAGAGAUCAUAAUUCCAAGUUGUUAAUCAAACACUUGUUGCAUGGCUAUUCUACGUUUUUCGCACAUCAAAGAUCAUCGCUGCUUUCUAUUUUGGUGAGAGGGAAAUUAACUACACUCCACUGCUCAUCAGCUCAAUUUCUUCCUGUUGCUGAGGGUUUGUGCUCUACUUCUCUUUGCUUGAAAGAGAGGAAUUUUGUGGGCUUGGGCAGUCGGGAUCUUCUCUGUUGUAUUCCAGAAAGAGGUUGCUUGCUAAUUGUUGUGUUAGGAAAUAUACCAGAUUUAUAUUGUGUUGCUUGAGAGUGACUUUCAUCUUGGCUGUAUUGAUGAAGAGAGCGACUUGGCUAGCAAUAGCGCUGUAGUAGAAAGCAGACUUCGCCUUAUACAUCUAUGCAACAAUUCUUUCUGCUGUUUGGUGGAAUUUAUAUGUAGAAACUGCUCAACAGAGAGAAAUGGAAGUAUGACACGAUCAUUGUUAAUUGCUUUA